UUGCAGGGCUGGAUUUGGCAAGCACUUUUUCUGAGCGCUGCAGCUUGGUGCAUUUCUGCUCAUUUCCUGUUAAGCAGUACCCAGGGCUCCCUGAACUCAGGCUCUGGGAGGACGGCCCUGUCUUCCUUUUCCUCUGCACUCCUAGAAAAACCUGCUGACCAGGCCCUGAGAGCGGGGUCAUGGGGAGACUUCCUCACCACAGCAGGAAAAUAGACCGACCGUUUCCUCCAUUGGACCUGACUCAGCAGCAGCCCACUGACCGCCUGGGAGAGAGGGCUCCCGCCUGGCGGGCCGCAGUUCCACACGUGGCUGGUCAGUGAGAAGGUCGGAGGGGCCGAGGGGACCAAGCUGGACGAUGACUUCAAAGAGAUGGAGAAGAAGGUGGAUGUCACCAGCAAGGCGGUGACAGAAGUGCUGGCCAGGACCAUUGAGUACCUGCAGCCCAACCCAGCCUCGCGUGCUAAGCUGACCAUGCUCAACACGGUGUCCAAGAUCCGGGGCCAGGUGAAGAACCCCGGCUACCCACAGUCAGAGGGGCUCCUGGGCGAGUGCAUGAUCCGCCACGGGAAGGAGCUGGGCGGCGAGUCCAACUUUGGCGACGCAUUGCUGGAUGCCGGCGAAUCCAUGAAGCGCCUGGCAGAGGUGAAGGACUCCCUGGACAUAGAGGUCAAGCAGAACUUCAUUGACCCCCUCCAGAACCUGUGUGAGAAAGACCUGAAGGAGAUCCAGCACCACCUGAAGAAGCUGGAGGGCCGCCGCCUGGACUUUGACUACAAGAAGAAGCGGCAGGGCAAGAUCCCUGAUGAGGAGCUACGCCAGGCACUGGAGAAGUUCGAGGAGUCCAAGGAGGUGGCAGAAACCAGCAUGCACAACCUCCUGGAGACCGACAUCGAGCAGGUGAGUCAGCUCUCGGCCCUGGUGGACGCACAGCUGGACUACCACCGGCAGGCCGUGCAGAUCCUGGAUGAGCUGGCCGAGAAGCUCAAGCGCAGGAUGCGGGAAGCUUCGUCACGCCCCAGGCGGGAGUAUAAGCCCAAGCCCCGGGAGCCCUUUGACCUCGGAGAGCCUGAGCAGUCCAACGGGGGCUUCCCCUGCACCACAGCCCCCAAGAUCGCAGCUUCGUCGUCUUUCCGAUCUUCCGACAAGCCCAUCCGAACCCCUAGCCGGAGCAUGCUGCCCCUGGACCAGCCAAGCUGCAAGGCGCUGUACGACUUCGAGCCGGAGAAUGACGGGGAGCUGGGCUUCCGUGAGGGCGACGUCAUCACACUGACCAACCAGAUUGACGAGAACUGGUACGAGGGCAUGCUGGACGGCCAGUCGGGCUUCUUUCCGCUCAGCUAUGUGGAGGUGCUUGUGCCCCUGCCGCAGUGACUGGCUGGCGCCCCCGCCCCACCCCUCCGUCCACACUGGCUGGCACCCUUUGCUGGGUCUCCUGCAUUCCACGGAGCCCCUGCUGCCAGGGCAGUGUCUGAGCCUGCUGGCGCCACUUGGGCCCUGGCCCUCGAGGUACUCCCUUAGCAGGGCCCCACACUUGGGUGAGGGGGUUUAUCUGGGUGGGUGGGGAUGCCUGUUUACACUAGCGCUGACCCCCAACCGUGACGGCUCCCUUCCCCACUCCAUGGCGCCGGCCUCCUCCCCGCUCCCCAACUCCUCGCCCAGCUGGCCCAGGCGGGGCAACACUAAGGUGCUCUCAGAAACACUAAUGUUCCUCCAGGGCAGCCCCACCUCCAUCCUGACCCCACGGGGGCCCGGCCCACUGCCUACCCUCGAGUCCCACAGCCUUAACGGGAUGGGAUCGAGCAUCCCCGUGGGGUGGCUCAGAGACAGGACCCUGGUUUUAAAUCCCCUCCCAGCCUGGUGCUGGCGAUGGGCCCUGGCCCUACUCCAGGGCCACUGCACUUCCGCCUCACACAUGCACUCCUUCUCCCCAAGGCCAGGGCAGAGGGCCUCACCGCCUCCCCGGCCUGCUGUCAGCUUACAGCCUGGGGACAGAGGCCAGCUGGGAUCUGCCAGAGGACAGAGAACAUGGUCUCCUGCAGGGCCCUGCCUCCCAAGCCCCACCCUUACAAAGCCAAGUACCUUUUCAGCUUUUUAACUGCCCCCAGCCAGGCCCAUGGAGGCCUGUGUCACUCUGGCACGAGCUGCCAUCACCAGCCACCCACACACCCCCCCAGCACACCUCGCACGGGACCACAGCCCCAGCCGCAGCUGCGCUACCAAGGGCCAAGCACAAAGGCUCCAGUGAGCAAGUUCCAGUCCCUGGUGGCCAGGCCUCCCCUUGCCAAGCCACUGCCACCCCAUCCUGUGGGAAGUGGCCCCGGCCAUCUCCUCUAGACCAACACAGGCAGCCCCAGGGUCCCCAGACCCCUGCCCAGAUCAGCAGGUCUGUAGCCCCAACAUCUGCUUCCUGUUGCCCAAUCCAAAAUCGAUGAAAUGGGGGCUCCUCUGAGCUGGGCCACAUUCACAUUCCCCUCCCCCUGUGGCCCAGUGAAGCCUCUGGACCCCAGGCUCUGCCCUGCACCCCCUCGUCAGAAGUACAUGAGGGGCACAGACACCCGGCAGAGGUGAGCCCACAGCCUUGGGCAUGGUCCAGGGCAAACUGAAAUGUACACCUGAAUUUUGUAAACAGAAGUAUUAAAUGUCUCUUUCUACA